CAUGCCAAUUGUCAAAUGUGUCAAUUUUUAUGAUGCAGCGUCACCUAGAGUACAUUUUAAAAGCUUUAGACCGGAAAACGGAUGCAAAUUCUGAACAUCGAAGAAGGUUUCCUAGCUAGAUUUCCUUUGUUUUGUACAGAAUAUGGCUGCCAUAUUUAGUUUAGAUGUCUCUUUUGAAAAGUGUUAUAGAAUUUGUCCUAAAUAUGCGGUAAUAAUUUAGCAAAACAUUGCUUGAUCGGUGAAAAUAAACCAUAAAAUGUGUUAAAGUUAUAGAAAAGUUCAUCGAUAGCAUCGCAGUGUUGAUUUUAGUAAAAAAUGUUUCUGUUUACAUCGGUUGUUGAAAACUUAAAUUUCUUUUUAAGCAUUCCCAGGAAACGGUAACCUGGAUACCAACAAUUCAUUAAACAAGGGUGGUGGUGGGGAUGCCACUCAUUAUAAAGUAAAUUCAGUGGUUACUGAAGAUAAGAAAGAUGAUUCAAAUGCUGGUCCUCCUAGGAUGACAAGUGUUUGUUUUGAAUCAUCAAAUGUACUCACCAAUCAGGUGAGUGCAUCUUCAGAGACUUCAGUAGAAGACAAUGUGAAUCAGUCUAUUACUAGUGUUACAAGUCAACCAACAAUUGUUACAAAUAUUGUACAGCCUGUUGUACCUAACCCAGUUCAAACUAUUAGUGAAAAAAUAGAGCAGCCUUCACUUCCUGCAAAGAGUAUAGCUAAAUUAGUAGUUACAAAUGCAAUGCCCAGCACUGGUUCUGUACUACAAAAAGUUGUUAAUCCUCCCUUAAUAACAGUUUUGAAUCCUUCUGGACCAUUAACGGUAGUGAAGACAUUGUGUGUUACAUCUGGGGUGUCUAGUGCUCCACAGUUUACUUUGGUUAAUUCUGCUCCUUUAAAUGUUACAAAUACAAUUGGAAAAUCAGCUACUAUCACACUUCUCAAUGCGCCAUUGACAGUUGUCAAAGCUAUGACCACACCUCAAACUACAGAAAAGAAUAUUUCAGAAGUGACAAACCCUACUAAUAAUUCAAAUAAUGCAGCUUCUACUCCUACAGUUAUUGAAAACAGAGCACAUAAUGUUUUUGUCAAAAAUACUUGCCCAGAUUCAACAGUUAUGGAUAUUCCACAAAGCCAUAAAUUAUUGACAACUAAUUCUUUUCCACAAUCAAAUAUUGUAGCUAAUUCUGGGAGUAAAACAUUAAAUGGACAGAGAAACAAAUUGAAGAUUGUAAGCAAUGUAGUUGUUCCAGGAACCUCACAGACAAAUAAUGUUCUAGUAAACAAAUCAAAUCAACAACGUUAUAUACCUAGACAAAAAGUUAUAGGUCCAAAUGGUGCAACUACAAAAUAUUUGAAUAAAUCAUCUUCAAGUAAUUUUGUAAAACCCAAUGUAAAUGCUCCUAUAAAAUUGUUGCCAGAUAAAUCACCCACCAGACUAGCGUAUCCUACACAUAAAAGUCAAAUCAAAACGAUCCCCCCCAUGAAUAAUUAUAUGCAAAAACAACAGUCCAAUUUGAAAAUUUCUCCACAAAAUAAAACUAUUCCUGGUCAAGUAACUAGAACUGGUUCUGGUUUAAGGACCAUUCCACCUCAAAAGACACAUAAAAUACCUAACAAACCAAAUUAUAUUGGUAAACAUGCAGUACAAGCUCAGAAAAUGAGACAAACUCAUGGUAAAGUUAAAGGGAUCAAAGUUUCAUCUAAUGUUCCAUACAAUGUUCAUGUGCCACCAAUGCCAGAAAAACAUUUAAGUGAAUUAACUUUUAAUCAGGCAUUGACUGCACAAAUUCUUGAGACUUUGAGUAAUUCUAGUACAACUGGGCAAAAUAGGUAUGACAUGAUGCCUUCAAGAUAUGAUAAUGCAUUUACCUGUCCAGACAUUAAAGCAACCAGUGAACCUUGCAAACCUGUAGAAGAAACAAGUAAAUCUGGAUUGGAUGCAUUGUCAUUAAUAUGUCAAGCAGUAUUAUUAGAUCACAACUAUAAUGCAACUUUACCACCUGAUUCUCCAACUAGACCAUCAGCGGCAGUAAAUAUAUCAUCCCAAGUUAAUGGUAUAUCUUCCCCUUUGUACUCUCCAGGCUCAUCAAAAAGACGAUUACCUUCAUCUAGUACUGUUACAUCUCCACCACCAACUGCAAGUAUGUCUAAUAUUCCCAUGGCAUCAGUUACUAAUUCUUUAAUGCCCAUUAGAGAUGAUGAUGCCGGUUCAGAUAUAUCUGAUGAGUCUGAAAGAAAAAAUGACACUGAAGGAGAAGAAACAGAUACUGCACCUGAAGCAGAAGCUGUUACCAAUGAAAAUUUUGAAGGAUAUGGGGAUUAUGUCACUAGAUGUAUAUGUGGUUUUAUCCACGAUGACGGUUAUAUGGUAGAAUGUGAUAAAUGUAAAGUAUGGCAACAUGUUCAGUGUGUUGUGAAAAACCGACAGAUCCCUGAUGAGUAUUUAUGUGAAGAGUGUGAUCCCAGUAAACCAAUAGACAGGCAAAAAGCGAGGGUCAUUCAACAACAAUGGCUACGAGAUAGACAGUUAAUGGAUCCUAAAUUGAGAAAGGAUACAAAAAUUAAGGAAGCAUUCAAACCAAAAGAGACCGUGAGUGAUUCUGAUUCCUCAGAUGCAGAACAUGUUCCCAGUAAUUUUCCUCCUAAAAGUCGAGUGUUGGCUAAUAGAAGAAAACUUGAAAAUCAUCCAAAACAGUCUGCUGCUCGACAACGAAGGGAAGUUGGUAAAGAAUUAGGACAAAAAAGGCAAAAACGAAAAGAAAGGAAAAUUGUUAGAAAAAAGCCAAAGCCACAGGUCAAAAAUCACAGCGAUGAUGAAAAUCAAGAUAGCUGGGUAGCACAUUUGCCACAACUGAGGCAGUGGAUCGAAAAAUAUGAAGAAGCUGUGACCAAUCAUUAUUCACCUGAAUUGAGGGCUCGAAUUUCCAGCAUUAGAGUGAAUGGUAUUCACUCUGAUUCAAAUAUUCAAUUCGACUCGACGGUACAUAAAUGUAGGGUACACACACAACCUCUCACUGAAAUAAAAUAUUUAGUUGCUACGGUAAAUUUAGCCCCAAAUACGCCGGUCGUUGAAUUACGGGGUAAAUACAUGUUAUCGACACAACACCGAAACUCUGGUGGAUCUUUAACUACGAGACAGCACUCGCAGAGACCCGGACCUUUUCUGUUUUUUUAUCGGUUGCACAAGGACAAUACUGAGGUAUGUGUUGAUACAAGGACGUAUGGCAAUAGCGCUCGGUUUAUUAGGCGUUCUUGCAAACCAAAUGCUGAGUUACGGCAUUGUAUCGAAAAAGGUGUUUUACAUAUAUACGUAGUGUCUACGAUGUCUGUCGAUAAAAACUGUGAGUUGACAAUCAAACAUGAAUCUCAUGAUUUGGCAGCAGUGGGGACAACAAGUAUUGCUUGUGCUUGUGGAAAUCCACUAGAAUGUUCUGUUAAUAACUCAUCUGUAAAGAAGAAUGGAGAAACUCAAGAAGUUCCUGUAAGAAAAAGAAGAGGACGAAGAAUUGUUUCUGCCAGUCUUCCAGAACCUGAUCCACCUAAACCUUUGAAGGAAGAACCACCUCCAAUUGCGUCUCCGCCGCCGGCACCACUUUCACCUGUCAAACAGGAAAAACGAGAAGUCAAAGAAGAAGUCCCUGAAGUUAAGAUCGAAGUAGAAGAACUGCCAGUUGUAAAAGAUGAACCAAAGGUUGAAGUUAAAGUUGAGGUGGAAGUAAAAGAACAUUUUGAUAAGAAGGAUGUGAUCAUUGAAGAGGAAUCAGAGGAUCCUGAAAGUAUGGAAAAAACACAAGAAGAAGAGAUUAAGAGUCCUUCUCCCACGCCUGUAUCAACCAGAAGGUCGUCUCAUAAAUCUGACAAAGAGGAAGACAAAUGCUCCUCUCCAAAAGAAGAUAAAAAAGAAAAAUGCAAAAAAUUGAGUAGGGAAGAGCGUAAGUUGGAAGCUAUCUUGAAAGCAAUAGAAAAGAUGGAAAAAGCAGAGUCUAGGAAACAAGAACAUCAGGCAAAACAAGCUCAUCGACGAGAAUCAGAACCCAAUCCAGAAAAAAAGGAAGAAGAAAAACAAGAACCAAAACUGAAAAGGCGAAGAAGGAAAGGACGAGCUAGAACAAUUAGUCAGUCAGCAUCUAGAAGAAAUAGGCUAAAUUCAACUGAUUCUUAUAUGACGACUUCGGGGGAUGAAAACCUGUUAUCACCCACAGAUGGUCAACCACCAGUUAAGCCAAUUUCUAAAGAUAGUGAAGGAACAGAUAAUAGAGCAGUUGGACUUUUGCUAGCUCUAUCUAAUGGAGAUAAUGACAACAAAGAACAAAAAUCUCCAGCAAGAGAUAUUGAUUCAAAUUCAAAUUCCAUGCAUUCUUCCCCAGAAACUCCACUAUCAUCAGCUUGUCUGUUGGUUCAAGCAGCAGUAGAACCACUGGAACAAGGUUUCAAAUUUCCUAAGACUAAGAAGGGCUUGAUGAAUGAAUGGUUGAACAAGGUUCCCGAGCCAGUUCAGACUGCUAGUGCCAUUUCUCCAACAUCCCUGGCAUCCCAAGCAAAUAGUAUAGAUGUUGAAUCUGCAAGUGGUGUCUAUGGAACAUCAAAAAAUUUGAUAUCUUUUUGUGAUAACAAUAUACAACCACGAGGUAGUGCAAAGAAACGAUGGCUAAGGCAAGCCAUUAGUGAAGACCAUUCUUGUGAUAGCGCAUCAGGUAGACCAGAUUCCCCUCCAAUCAGUGAUAUGGUAGCUCCUCCCAAAAAAAGAAGAUUACCACGGGAAUCGAUAUCAACAGACAAUUCGCCUCCUACUACACCUACAGGAUCUGCGCCAGUUUCUAUUAGUAAUAUGGAUAAAGAAGUGAAAACUCCAGAAGGUUGUGUAGAAAUCGUUUACACUGGAGCAGAUAGUGAUAGUCCAACUCAAGCAAUGGAAUCGGAUGCUGUAUUAAAAGAACGGGCAGCUGUAAUGAAACAAGAAUUUAGUAAACCUCUAUUUUCUACUUCAUUAGAUCUUCCAAGAUCAGAAUUUGGAUCGUUGAGUUCCUUGGAUCCAAGGUUGUCUCGUGAGAAUCGAUUUCUACCCAACACUGAUCUCGUAGGUACUGUUGAAAAAACUUUGAGUAUACUUGGAUUAGAAAACACAGAAAAGUGUAGACCAGAUCCAGUGUUACCCAAACGAAAGGUGAAGCUCUCCAUUACAGAAUAUAGACAAAGAAAAAAAUUGAAUGUCGAAGAGAAAUCUGAAGAGCAGGAGGUAGUUAGUACUGAAGAAAACAAUUCUUCGGAAUCAUUUAAAGUCGUUCCAAGACUAAGAUCUGCUAGUGCAAGCAGUAGUACUUCUCUGACUUCAAGUGAUGAUGAUAUAUCAACUUCAGAUAUUGUUGUUAAAGCUCCAGUGUUUAAUUCUGAACCGACUGAACUUGAACUUCAGAGAGAAACUUCCAGUUUGAGAUUGAAAAAAGCGUUCGGAUUGUCCGUCGACUUAGAACCACCUCCCACUUUGAACCUUAAAGCCAUACUGAAUUUGGACUUGGAACCAAAAGUGAAACCAGUACAUAAUCAACAAAUUCCUUUAGAAGAAAGUUCAGAGGUGACAGUUGAAACUGUAGUAUCAGAUGUAAAAGUUCCUAUUUCACCAGAUAUACCAGCACUUCCUGAAAGUCCGAUUCCAAUAGCAAAUCCUCCAGCUCCUGAUGUUUCUUCUAAUACAGAAGAAUUAAUGGAAACGGACGAAAUUUCUGUAACUGAUCCUGAACCUUUAAAUACAACGGAUGAAAAGGAAAGUGAUAGUAAAGAAACAGCUCCCCUGAAUAUGUUUUAUACGCCCGAUGAAGAAGAUGUAGUGGAAACCAGUGCAAAGGAAGAACCUUUAGUGACUUUUGAAGAAACUGAAAGUGUCAGUUAUGUUCCUCCUUUUAAUAACCCAGUGUAUCCAAAUAGUAGUUUUGCCACAUUCUCUUCAUCAAUUGAUGAUGAUGCUCGAUAUGAAGGAAGAAAUCCAUCGCCACCUCCAAAUUUAGAUGAAUUGGCCCAAUCGUGAAAAUUUAAGUAAUAAAUUGUAGUGUGCAAUUUUCAAAUAUACAUUGUUUGUAUUUAUUUUAAGUAAGCUAGUGUAUAAAACAUGUUUAUUUUUUUUGGAAAUAUAUUUUUUUCGGUGCAUAUUGCCCCAAUUUUCUACAACUUGAUUAUAAGUUAUUUUUAUUUUUUACUAAUUUGUAAAGUUUAUUGUUGAUUUAGUUUUUUUACAACUGGAUUUGUAAAGUUUAUGUGACAUUUUGUAGAUAUAGCAAAGCAAAAGUUAUGUACACUUUGUAUAUAAAUAUUUUUAUCAGAUAGCAAAAAUUAGAAAAUCGUUGAUUUUUGAAUGCAUACUGUAUGCAACAUUGAUUUACAUGCGCUCACAGAAAUCUCAUUGUAUAUAUUAUAUUAAAGAAAGUUUUGAUCAACUCAAUACUCGAAAAAAUGUAAAUCAAUGAUGCAAAAUUUGUAAAAGUACAAAAUUAUUUAGGUCGCGAUCUCCAAUUUUAAAAUUAAGAGUUUUUUAUUAUUUUUAUAGAAUAAAACCACCGAUUGGGUUAUUAGGUUAAUAGUGAUGUUAUACUGUAGCUGUUCAUUAUAUAUAUAUGUAAGUUUCCUCUUAGAAGUUUAUGCAUUUUUGUUCAAUUCAGGCAACAGGAACAAUUAUUCAUCAUUUAAAAAUAAAUUGUUCAUAUAAGUUGUCAUAUUAGACUCAGUCCUUCUACCAUUUUUUUUGUGAUCUAAAUAAUUAUGAGUGUUUUAAGUGGCGAACAAACACUUUUACCAAAUACCGAAUGCAACUUUAUACAAAAAAAUUAAAAAUUUAUCAACACUAGUCAUUCUUGAAAAAUUUAAUUUUUCAUGGCCAUUAGAUGGUGCUAAACUGAUAUUUAACAAUAAAAAAUGUAUUGUUUAGAAAAUGUUGAAAGAUGAUUUUAAUAAAUGUUAUUGGAAGUAUAAGAGAGAGAUAUAUUUGAAAUAUUAAUCAACAUUAAACAAAUCAUUUGAAUGUCAAAUACUUCACAGAUUUCUACAUUUCAUUGUAUACAAUCACAUUUAUUGUUCUUUAACCCAUUUUACUUCUGAAGACAGAAAAGAGAAUGUGCCAUUUACACCAAGAGGCCUACAGGAAUUGUUUAAACAGUAGUUUGCAUCAGCAUUGUCAAUAAAAUUCAGAAUUCAGCAUCACUUGUUUUUUACAUAAACACAGUUCAUUUUCUAUAGAAUUUUUUUAGAAAAAUAAUUACACCUCUCAUUGACGAUGUGUUGAGUGAUUUCUCAAUAAUUUUUCUUAUCGAUUAAUUAUUUUUUAUUAAAUAAGAAUAGGCAUGAAGGGUUGUGGAAGAAGGGCCGAAUCGUUGGGGUUACUAUCUUGACUACUACUAGAAAAUUGUGGUUAAUAAAGAACGCGAGAACUUUGAGAAAAUAAAAAGUAGAAAGUAUUGGAAUGUAAUAAAA